AAAUGAAAAAAAAAAUGAAAAAUUGAAUUGAAAUGAAAAACGCCAUGAAUCCCAAAAUUCUCUUCGUGUUCGCUCUUCUUCUGAAUCUCGUAUCCAAUUCGUUGCAAAACCCUAACCCUAACCCUAAAACCCCCAAAUCAACGCCAUCCCCGGCUCACGUGGAGCUCACCAACUAUGGCUUCCCCGUCGGUCUUCUGCCAGCCACCACCGUCUUGGGCUACACCGUGAACCAGACCUCCGGCGAUUUCACGGUCCGGCUCGGCGGCGCGUGCAAGAUCACGCUCCCCCCUGACAACUACGUCGCCACGUACUCCAACACCAUCACCGGGAAGAUCGUGAAGGGUCGGAUGGCGGAGCUCGACGGGAUUAGGGUUCGCGCCUUAUUCAAGUGGUGGUCGAUCACCGGAAUCCGCUCCACCGGCGACGACAUCGUUUUCGAAGUCGGCAUGGUCACGGCGAAGUACCCCUCGAAGAAUUUCGAUGACAGCCCCGCUUGCGAGGGUCAGCACGCUGCUUCGUGAAAAGACAAGGGGAAAUCAGCUGAACUUCGAAAAAAUAGCUUUGCCGCAACUUUUAUAACUCUUCUUUCAAUCUAGGAACAGAGCUAAUUCAGAUGCCUGACAUUGCCAUAUGCGCAUUACAAGAAGACUUUAUGCUGAAGUCAUGCACGGUGGUUUGGUUUAUAUUUCUUUUUCCUUUUUCGUUUUGAGAAUAGAAGACUCAGAUGUCAAGCUUUCUUUUCUUAUUGUAAAAUAUCUUUAUUAUAUUUUAUUUCUAGGUGCAUGCAUGAAACAGGUUGUUUUCAAGGCCCUAGAAUCUGUGCUAGUUGACUUGACUCGUAAUAUUAUAUGCCAGACUAGUGGCGUUUUAACUACCUUUAUCUUUGUGGAGUUAACGUAGAUUUAAUC